ACUAUGCUGUGCAUGCUUGACCACGAUCCACCCUACCUGGAUGAAGUGGUAGCUGCUGCAUCAGUUGAUAUUCUGCUGGUGUGCGGGACUAAUGUAGAGUGCAUUUUGACUCUAUGGAAACUGGGAAUACUGACAUCGGCCUCGAAACAAUGAACAUGAUUUCUACAAUCGAUGAAGAUGAAAAACUUCAGACAUCUAACUUCCCUCCUCUCAUCUAUGGUCCUGACAGCCUCUAUGUUACGGUGGGGGAAGAGGCUGUACUGGUGUUCAAUGUGACUGAUGACAAGGGCAGUAUCAACCUGAUAUUGGUGGAUGGACUGCCAGCUGGGGCCACUCUACUGCCUACUCCUAAGGGCGACUAUACCAUAGAGUAUACUUUCAGGUUGGAACUUGAUAAAAUUGCCGAUAUUUCUCUAGUGUUUUUGGCCACUGAUGAUCUGGAUGCUGGGUCAACUCUGGAAGUGCAGAUUGUGAUCUGUGUUUGUGAGAAUAAUGGCAACUGUACACUGGAGGGAGUGGUGGACCAGAGUACCAGUACUGUCGUCUCCAACUGUGUAUGCCCUCAAGAGGGCUUGCUCACUAUUGCACCACCAGUGACUGUACCCGAGGAAGCGACAGGUAAUGUCAUCAUCGUGGAGAUCAACGGAUUCAACCUUUACACGUUCACUGUUGAGGUACAGAUGCAAUUCAGUGCAGCCACAGCUGAUGCUAUCAAUGUCUACUGUGAGGACAAUGACUGUCUAGUGUCGUACCCUGAGGCAAGAACAAGGAGGAACACACUCACGGCUGACAACCUCUACAUUGCUGAGAUUGCUAGUUCUGGAGAGUCUGGUAUCAGCUUUAGCAUGUACGCUCGUUUGGAUGGUGGCUUCCUCAGCGGUAGAACAUUAGCAACGACUGUACUGGAUUAUCAUGAUGAGUACGCAGCACUUGGUUUUGAAGUGACUGAUGUGCGGACGAUUGGCACUGAACCAACGUACCCUCCCAUUAUUCUGACGAUCAAUCAGAUUAUUGGUAUCGGAGUGGGGGGUGGUCUGGGACUGAUCCUGAUACUGGUUCUGAUUAUUACCAUUACAUGUUGCUGUGUCAAGGGUCGAUCAAGAGAACCCAAGAGUAGGGCCAGGGGAAGGGGUCUAGAGUACAUGAAUUCUGGCACUGGUUUUGACCUAAAGCCUAUACCCCACACUGUAAAAAAUGAUGUGUGGUUUUGACGCAAGUGCGUGACUAUUGUGGCAACUAUCAGGAAAAAACGCAAGAAAAACGCACGUUUUCCACAAUAGCCACGCACUCUGCGUCAAAACCACACAUCAUUUUUUACAGUGCACGAUGGACUGGAGGAACAGGCUGUGCUAGAGUCAGCUGAGGAGAAUAAAGUGGAUCUCAGCUAGACAAUUAAUUAACAGUAUCUGUUGGCAAUGUUUUAGAGUAUGUAGUUUGUUAGAUACAUGAGUGGUAUAAUUUAUAAGUCUUACAUAAUUAUAUUAAUUAUUAUAGCUUUGUUUUUAUCUCUCUUGACUAAUUCUCUAAUCUCUCUUGACUAAUUAACCUCCCAGCUAUAGGUUCAGGUGCAUAAUACUAUCUAUAUGCUUGCAGCCUCAGCUUCAUGCAGACUCUGAAUAAAAUCUAGAUGUUCCUUGCUGACUAUACUACACUGUAAAAAA